UGUGUUUGUAAUCAAAAAUAUGGAAAAUAAUAUAGUAAUUAAUCAGUUUUAAAACGUAUAUGAUAAAGUGUAUUUUGAAAAUAUUUACGACCAGGUAUAGAAUAGUAGAAAUGGCGACCGUCGAGGAAGAUAAUUUUGAUGGUUUAGUGCCUAAUUAUACUGAUUAUAUCGAUAAUCACAAUUAUUUGUCGGGGAGUGUCACUUUUAGUCCCGUGGGAAUGGCGGGAAUUUAUCAAUUAACUACCGACUUUAUAAACAGUAUAUUUCCAGAAAAUAUAAUCGAAGAAGGAACUUUUGUUUGGAAAAAGGAUAUCCAAAACACAUAUUAUCUUGAACUUAAAGAUGGGUUAACUUACAAAGAUGUUAUAGAAGAUUAUUGGUGUUUUAUAUAUAUACUGGCGUUUAUAUUAGCUAUAGCUAUAUUUCUACCUAUAGUCGGUCUAAUUGUAUGUUGUUGUCGCUGUUGUGGAAACUGCGGUGGCAAAGCCAGACCGAGUAACAAAAGAAAAGAACUUGGAGCGAAGAUUAUCCUUGCAGUUUUAUUAACUAUAUGUUUAGGAUUCUUCGUAUUCGGAAUGGUGGGUUCUUUUGCGAGUAAUCAACAAUUACGAAAAGGUACCAAUGAAUUUCCUGAAAACGGAAGAAAAGUUUAUGCGGAUUCACAAUCUUUCCUCUAUAGCAUAAAAGAUCAAGCAGAACAUCUUCUUAAAAAUAAUUACGAAGAAUUUGGUGAUGCAUUCAAAGAUUUCAUACAAGAUUCUGGAAAAAAUAUCAUAGAACAGUUAUCGGUAUGGGCAAACGCAAGUUCUAUAUUGAGGAUACUCAAUUUCGCCGAAACUUUACCAGAAUUAAAAAAUAAUUUGGAAAAUUUGAGUAACUUUACAUCGAAUUUGAUAACGAGAGAGACUGACUUGGAAGAAGGAAUGGAGGGGAUUAAAAAAAAUUUAAUAGAAACUUUAAACAAAUGUUCCGAAGAAUUUAAACAGGAAUGUAUGGAAGUAGAAGAAGCUAUCAGUAGUUUGGCGAUCAAUGUCGAUUUUAACAAAUUACCGGACGUUUCACAAGCACUACAAUUAAUCGGAGAGUUAGAUAUAGAGAAUAUCAUAAACGUCGCUGAGAACGGGAAGGAAGUAUUGGAAAAUGCGGAAAAAAAUAUCAAUGACACAAUAUCUGAUGUUCUACGGCAGAUAUCCGAUAAAAUUGACGAAGCAGGUACCGAAAUAAACAACAACUUGAAUACUUUGGACGAUAUCGCAGAAAAUUUAACCUCGCAAUUUCACCAAGUAAACGAAACAAUCGAAAACGGUUACGGUUAUCUGUACGAGUACUACCCGUACUUUUAUUACUCCGGAGUCACGUUGUGUUGCGUUUUACUUUCGGCGACAGUUUUCUCGUUGCUCGGUCUGGUGUUCGGGGUAUUCGGAAGGAGACCCGAACGAUCCGCCGGCGAUUGCUGCACGAAACGAAGCGGAAGUUUAUGUUUGAUGAGCGCAGCCGUCGCAAUAUUCGCGUUCUCGUUUAUUUGCGGUCCGAUCACCGUCGCGAUGAUGGUGUCGGGCGUCGCCGCCGACAGGGUAGUUUGCUACCCCCUCCGCGACCCUGAACAUUCGACGAUCCUGCACCUACUAGACGAUUAUCCGGGGAAAAUUCGCGGGGACGAUCUGAAUUAUACGGUCGGCGAGGGGCUGUUGAAAUGUUACGAUAACCGAAGCAUCUACAGCGUGUUGAAUUUGGAAAGUAAAUUCGAUCUAUCGCAGCUGGAUUCGAAGUUCGACGUAACGAAUUCGUUGGAAAAUAUCCGAGAGCAAAUCGGGAAUCGGUGGUCGACGUUUUUUCCCGAUGAUUUCGAAAUUUUGAACGAAACUUCCCAAGGGGUAUUGGAGGAACUCACGAAAAUCGAUCCCGAUGUCGACGUCGAUAGUUUUCGAACCGAGCUGAGUAAGAGCGUGGUUAACAUGGAUUUGGAAAGUGUCGUGACGUCUUUGGAGCUCUUGGCCGACGGAAUGUCUUCGCGAGACCCCCAAGUGGCAGACGGUCUCGAAAAAAUCAUCGAAGAUAUCAAAACUUACGAGGAAACAAUUUUAGAACCGACGAUGGCCGAAGCGCGACAAGCACUCGAACUGGCCAUUAUCGUAGACGGUCAGAUCAAAAUGAAUUCAUCCAGUAUGUCUGCGGCUAUAACUCAAUUCAUCGAGGACGUCGAAUUCGCCCAAAAUCAAUUGAAAAACUCCGACAUAAGUAUAGAGGGAAUAAAUAAAUAUAUUGAUAAAGUGGAAGAAAUAAUUCGGGGUUAUUUGAGAAGGGUGAUUACUGUACUUACUGAAGAGCUAGGUCAGUGUGGUCCUCUAAACGUUGCGAUCCAUGCACUGUUGAUUGCGGUUUGUGAUAAAAUAACGUUACCAUGGAAUAGCUUCUGGAUGUCGAUGUUGAUAUGUUUGAUAGCUUCCGUACCUAUGAUCAUUUUCUCGAUAUGGUUAUCAUCAUUAUAUAAAAGGUACAAACCCCGCGAACAAAAUAACGAAAGAUCCCGUUUACGAAACAGUAUUGGUAAAAGAUAUAAUGAUUAUUAUCCUGAGCAAGGUAAUGAUGAUACGAUACCCAUAGGUAUGAGUAACUAUUAUGGAGAGGUUUUUAAAAAAAACAAAAACGUGGAUUACUACCAAGGAGCUAGUGCUCCUAAGGCUCUCGAUGAUAGUAACUAUAGAUAUAAUGACAUGUCUCAAAGAUUGAAUCAAUAUCCACAACAAUCAACGCGUUUCUAAAGUGAUUGUUGCUUUUUUGUUAUGUUACUAUUCGUAUAACUAAAAUUCAUAUUAAAAAAAAGAAUCAUACCUUAAAUAUAUCACUUUCAUCACACAUGUUCGACGCGGUUUUCCGAAACCUAACAUCAUUUAGGUUGUUGCCGAAAAACUUUUACACUUUCAUUUAACUUUCACGUUAACACCAAAUAAAAAUUUGAAAUCAAAUGACUUAAUGUUAAAUGGUGAACGUUUGAAAAACGAUUUCUUGUGAUACUUUAUCGAAAUAUGUUUGUUGCGAUAUUUACUCGAUUGAGAACAGGCCGAAAAUGGCGGUACUUCGGUCAUAAGCAGAUCACGUGGACCGCAAAAAAACUUCAAUAUCGUUCGAUUUAGAGUUGGCUUAUACAGAAAUGUAAAGGAGAAUUUACGCGAUUACACAUACAUACAUUUCAUAUAAAAAUAGUUGAAAACUUUUAUUUUCAUUUGAAAACUGAAGUUUGAACAUUAACAAUCGCCUUAAAUAAUUUUUAUAUACAGAGGGCAAGCAAUAAAUGAGAUAUAAAAACAUAAACAAAAGCGAAAAAUUGCCUAACGGCAGGUGAAGAUUCCUAAUUGGUAUUCGCGAAAAUAACGAAGCGAGCGUCAUCUGUUAAUUUUCUUUAAAACAUCAAUAGAGGUGAACAGCAAAGCCAGAAUACGAACUAAUUUUGUUGUUUUAAAACGAUAAAAAGUGUUACUUGAAAUUUUAGUCUAAAUAGUAAAAUAAUAUACUUGUUUAAAGUACUUUUUUUAGAUAAAAAAAAAACACAUCCACAAGGUAAUUAAUAAAAACGUUGUAGUAUUACAAAUGUUAAAAUUUCAUUUUAGUUUCCAAUAAUACCCUUGUGCACUUUUUUGGUUGUUUCGUAUAAAUAUUUAAGACUCUUCCUCCCGUUCUUACAUAAAAAAUGCAUUUCCCAUCUCUAACUACUCAGAUUAAUUGUUAUGACAUGAGGCUGGGAAAUUAGUCUUGUAGACACAACUUUUAAUGGUUUUUCAAUUUGUUUUAAGCUACAUAAUACUAAAUAUUCCUACCGUGCAAC